AUUUUUGGCUCUCUUGAACCGGAAGCCACUAGAUUUCUCCUUGGGUGCUGCUCGCUAACUGUAGCUACUAGCUAGCUAGCUGGAAUGGGUCCGAGAGGUAGCUAGCUACCUGAACAGCGGUUAAAAAGUCAAACUAAUUUAGACGCAUUAGACCCAGCAGAGUACACUCAUUGGAAAAGGGAGCGAAACAUGAAACGAGAUGUCAGGAUACUGUUAUUGGGGGAACCCAAGGUGGGCAAAACAUCACUCAUCAUGUCAUUGGUUGGGGAGGAGUUUCCUGAACAUGUGCCCCUCCGAGCUGAGGAGAUCACUAUCCCUGCCGAUGUCACUCCAGAGAAGGUGCCCACACACAUAGUGGACUACUCAGAAACGGAACAGACUGAUGAGGUCCUCAGAGAGGAGAUUAUCAAGGCCAACGUGGUGUGUGUGGUCUAUGACGUCACCCAGGAGGAAACUAUAGACAAGAUCCGAACAAAAUGGAUCCCCUUGGUAAAUGGCGAAGCAGAGAAGGGGAAUAAAGUUCCCAUAAUCCUAGUGGGGAAUAAAUCGGACCUUCGCUCUGGGAGCUCCAUGGAGACCAUUCUACCUAUCAUGAACCAGUUUUCUGAGAUUGAGACCUGUGUUGAGUGUUCUGCCAAGAACCUGAAGAACAUCUCUGAACUGUUCUACUACGCUCAGAAGGCUGUGCUCCACCCCACCGCCCCGCUCUACGACCCGGAAGACAAACAGUUAAAGUCAAUGUGUGUCCGAGCACUUAGCCGAGUCUUCAGCAUCUCAGACCAGGACCAUGACCGCAUCCUCAGUGACACUGAACUCAACUGCUUCCAGAAAUCGUGUUUCGGGAACCCUCUAGCCUCUCAAGCUCUGGAGGACGUGAAGACUGUGGUGUGGAAGAACACGAGCGACGGGGUGCAGGACAAUGGCCUUACCCUGAACGGCUUCCUGUUCCUCAACACGUUAUUCAUCCAGAGGGGUCGGCACGAGACCACGUGGACCAUCCUGAGGAAGUUUGGUUACGAUGACUCGCUGGAGCUGACGGAUGACUACCUAUACCCACAGUUACGGGUUCCCGUGGGCUGCACCACUGAGCUCAAUCAUCUGGGUCACCAGUUUCUCCAGAGGCUGUUUGACAAGUAUGAUGAGGAUAAAGACUCUGCCCUCUCUCCCGCGGAGCUUAAGAAUCUCUUCAGUGUGUUUCCCUACAUGCCCUGGGGCGCAGACGUGUACACGGCGGUCUCAACCACAGACGAGGGUUACAUCUCCAAUCAUGGCUACAUGUGUCAAUGGACGCUUUCAGCGUACCUUGACAUCCAUCGCUGUCUGGAGUACUUGGGAUACCUGGGCUAUUCUAUUCUCACUGAGCAGGACUCCCAAACCACUGCAGUCACAGUGACGCGGGAGAAGGCUGUGGACCUGGAGAAGGGCCAGACUCAGCGGUCGGUGUUCCUAUGUAAGGUGAUCGGACCACGGGGUACUGGGAAGUCUGCCUUCCUCCAGGCCUUCCUCGGCCGAAACACAGCGAGAGAGGAGCGUUCCACUGGUGGCUUUUCCCUCUACACCAUAAACACUGUCCAAGUUAGCAACCAGGAGAAGUUCCUCAUCCUCUACGAGGUGGACGUGGAAACAAAGUUCCUAAAGGAGUCGGAUGCGCUGUGUGACGUAGCCUGUCUCAUGUAUGAUGUCAGCGACCCCCACUCCUUCGACUACUGCGCCAGCAUCUACAAGCAACACUACAUGGACAGCAGUAUUCCCUGUGUGAUGGUGGCCUCCAAAGCGGACCUCCCCGAGGUGAGACAGCUCCACGGGAUGACCCCGGCAGAGUUCUGCUACAAACACCGACUGCCUCCGCCGCUCCCCUUCUCCGGCCUGUCCCUGGACUCCACCAGCAAGAACAUCUACACCAAGCUGGCCUGGGCCGCCAUGUUCCCACAUCUGAAUGGCUCCGACAUGAGCAAUACAUCCUUCUGGCUGAGAGUGACGCUAGGAGCAGCAGUGGUCGCGGUCCUAGGCUUUGCCAUGUACAGAGCUUUCGCCCGACAGAAAUGACUAGGCUCCUGACCGGAGCCCACCUUCCCUCUUUUUUCCCCACAACCCCAAUCUCCAGACCAAUCCUCCAGACCAAGCGCCUAGACACACUAGACCAGACAGACCAGACAGACAAAACACAGAUACGGUUUACUUUGUCAUGAUUUAUACCCUAACCUCCCCUCUCCUCGUCUUUGCUCUGCUCUUCCAGUCUACUCCAGUUAGUCACGUCUUCUUGACUGACUGUAAUAAUCUCAGUCAAAAUGGAGGUGCGUGACAAUAUCUCUCACCCUCUCCUGACCACCUUUGCUCACUCUGCCUUAUGGUGUCAAAAUCCAGGCUAAGGAGGUAUCCUCCCUGUGCGCAACGCAACGAUUCCCCCAAGAGCUGCUACGAAUAUGUGGGUGCUUUAUCAAAUGAGGAUAUACAGAUACAAGAAGAGAGACAUUUCAAACCCAAGACUUUUCCACAUGCAUCCACAAGGUGUUCAGGAGAAUGGAUAGAUUUAUUUUUAAUGUGUGGUCUUUCCUAAGGAAGAGAAUCUCAAAAUGUAAUAGCAAUUUGGAAGAACAUAUCAAACUUUAAAAAGUCUGGUGCUGGUUAGAAACCAAAAUGGCAAAUUCAAACAGUCCAUAUCACGGGAGGGGUGGGGGGGGUGAAGACAAGCCUUCAAGCACAAGCUAUGGAGGACCCUGCUGCAAGGACGUAACCGAGCAACAGACACUCUGAGCGGGCACAGGAAGUCCCCUGCAGAAGCUAAAGACUUGUCUUCCCAUUGACCAAGCCACUGAGAUAGACUUUCAGACCUGAUUUGCCAAAUACAGAAGCCUCUCUCUUACGGACCGUUCCAGUAAAAUACAUGCUUAUCACUCCAUUAGCUUCUGCUACAAUACUACAGUUGUGGGUGAAAUUAACUAGAUACAUUUAUUUAUGUAAAAAAAAAAAUAAUAAUACAAAAUAGCAGUAGUUGUGGCUUGCCAGAUUAGAAUUGAGAAGGAAGCAAUGUCUUGUUGAGAGAAGUGACUAUAUUGUAUUCGAUUGAUGAAAAAGAAACACUGAACUCUGUAAUGCAUCCUCCUUACUCAAAGUAAUCAGUCAUGUUAAAACAGCCAAAUCAUUUUUAUUUUAUGGUAUUAAGACUAAAUCCUGCCCCGUGCAAAUUAACGCUUUGAAUGAUCAUUAUAAGGAAAAUAUCUGCCUCCCCUGGUCUUGGCUUUUAUGUGCAUUCACCACAAAUUGGAACUUAGGCCCCAAAUGUUAUUUCUGAUAAAUCAGCCAUGUGUGUGGGUGCACAUGUAUAUUUGCAUGUGUGCAUACAUGAACCUGUGUGUCAAGAUUUUGAUUGUAUAAUUAAUUUUCCCUUUUUUUUCUCUUUUUUCGUUUUAAAUAUGGGAAUCACACAUUUUUAUUGGUUGGUUAUUUUAGUUGGGGACCUGCUAUUGCCACAGAAAAAGUGAUGUGGAUCUUAUUGAUUGAAAGGGAUAUCAAAACAACUAAAGUGAAAUGCUGAAUAAAACAAAACAAGGAUUGUUUACUGCUUUGCCAAACUUC